AUGCAGACAGAAUGAAAAGCCGGCACCAUUAUCAGCAUCACAGUAGGAACGGUGACAGCGACAACGGUUGCUAUAGUAGCAGCAGUAUGGCUUUGACAGUAGCCGACACAGAUGCCAUCGAUCGGCAACGAUGUAGAGGAAGUAGUGCGACUGCAGUAGUAUCGUUGACGACCCCAACAACAGUAGCAACAAAUGGCCGCAACCAUCGUCGGUGGCAGAGGCGAACGACGACACUUCACAGUGGAACCAGUGCUGGCUGGCGAAGAAGGUGUAGUAGAGCGCUAGAGCUAGACAGUGAGCCACCCCGAGAGGAUGACAGUAACACACUCACCACCAAGCGCCGCCGGUACAGAAAUGUAAACGCACGGCUAAGAUGCUGCCUGCCCGGGCUCGGCACCAGCCCGGCGCUGACGAUCGCACUCGUGAUUGUGCUGCAGCUGGUCGCACUGCAACCGACCGUGCUGCACUGUGCCAAAACGUUCUACAUGCACUGGAACACGACGAACAGCAUCUUCCGGAUCGACAACACCGACCACAUCAUCGACGUGAACAAGGGCAACUCGCAGUUCGAGUACGACCAGGUGCAUAUCAUCUGUCCGGUGUACGAGCCGGGCACGUUCGACAACGAGACGGAAAAGUACAUCAUCUACAACGUGUCGAAGGUGGAGUACGAGACGUGUCGCAUCACGAACCACGAUCCGCGCAUCAUCGCGAUCUGCGACAAGCCGAACAAGCUGAUGUUCUUUACCAUCACGUUCCGGCCGUUUACGCCGCAGCCGGGCGGUCUCGAGUUCCUACCGGGCAACGAUUACUACUUCAUCUCGACCUCGUCCAAAGAUGAUCUGCACCGGCGGAUAGGCGGGAGAUGUACCACCGACAACAUGAAGGUCGUCUUCAAGGUGUGCUGUGCGGAUGACCAGCAGCAGCAGCAGCAGCACCAUGGCCAUCUACCAUCCAACGGUACCGUCAUCGGUGGAGGUGGCAGUGGUCACACGCACGACGGUUCCACCGGUGGCGGUGUGUCGAUCAACACCAACAACACCAUCUCGAUCGAUGCGUUCGAUCCGAACUCGAGGCUGCUGCCGCCGGCCAUCAACACCAGCCAGGGUAACAUCGUGCAGAACACCGUCAACUGGCCGGUGUGGAACGAUGGCCAGCAGCACCAGCAGCCACCGCACCUGCCACCGCACGUACGUCCACCGCCCGCAACGCCCGCCAUCAUCGGAGUGAAUGGGCGGCACAACCAUCACUACACCGCCUCACCCCCCCGGACGUCCAUCAACAGCGGCACGGGGAUGGGAGCGGGCGGGUCCGGCGGUCUGUACGGUAACGGUAACCUUAAUAACCAUAACUACAACAUAAACAGCCCACCGUCCAAUGUGCAUCCGGGCCAGAGCAAACCGACCAAGAAGACGAAAGAGUACGACAAGCACCCGAACGAGGUGGUGAAGAACGAGGAGCUGACGUACAACAAUGGGGCGGUCGCGAAGACGCGAUCGGUAGUGGUGUUGGUGGUGGCCAUUGCACUAGCGGCUGCCGGGUGGAGGACGUCUCUCCCGUGCAGCAGUAGCAGCUGGUUGACGACGAGCUGA